GAGAAAUUGGAUGUUUUUGAGGAACCCAUCAUAAAUCAUUCCUUAGCCAGCUUACAAGGAUGCACAUACAAACCAUAUGGAUCGCCUUAUUUCAGGAAUUCAGAUAUAGUUCACAUCCCUAUAAACUUCUAAGAUCUUAUUUUAAACAUUGCUGAUAGUUAUAUUUUUGUCGAAGGAACCCUGCUACCUAUCAAACAAUGCCUUGGCUUUU